CUAGUGCACACACACACGCAGUCGCGAGCAGACGCGUUCGAAUCGUAGAAUUUAGCGCAUAUUUCUGAAUGUGCGGAGCAUUUCUUUUGUUUACUCUAGUCGCUGGCCAGCAAUGACGACCAGCAGAUCAUCGGCGUCCGCGUCAUUCAGUCGACCGGCUUUCUGGAAGGUGCCCGGUUACGAAUUGCCCACGUCCUAUCGUCCACAGCCGACCCCAAAACCGCCGCUCGUACCGCUGCCAUCGCCCUGCAGGCGGCGCAGCAGCAGCGGACUGAAGAAGCGCGUCCAUUUUGCCGAUGAGCAAAACGUGGGGGUGCAAGUGGGCAGCCCAGCGCAUGGCGAACUUCUAAGAGGCGACAUCAUCUCGAAGAUCGGCGAGUACGACGCACGCGACCUGAGUCAUGCGGAUGCACAGCAGCUGUUCCGCGGCGCUGGCAACGAGAUCCGCCUGGUGGUGCACAGGGACAACAAAAUCGCCUACACGCAGGGUGCAACUCAGGAGGCAGGUCCUGGAUCUCGGAGCAACUCCACUUUGCCGCCGGUCACUCCGGAUCUGAUGCCCCACCGCGGUCCGUCGCCCUUUUUGCCCGGACCCAGCCACUUUGAGAGGGCCCUCCAGUUGCCGGUGGACACGUUGCCGCAGACCGUGUUUCCCCAGCUGAACUCAUCCGGUGGCUAUGAGGUGCCAUCGACUGUGUUCUCACCCAAGCCAACCAGGGACCAUCAACAAGACGUCGAUGAGGAGCAGGCGGCCAUUGUGAAUCAGCCCUACCGUACAACUCCGCUGGUCCUGCCCGGCGCCAAAGUGAAGAAGGAUGCGCCCACGACAGAGUCCUACUUGAGGCACUACCCCAACCCGGCUGUGCGCGCCCACCCAGGACACGACUACCAUGACAGUAUCAUGAAGCAGCGCGUGGCCGACACCAUGCUGCACAAGGUGGUCGGUUCGGAAGCCGACACUGGCCGCGUCUUCCACAAGCAAUUCAACUCGCCCAUUGGCCUGUACUCCAACAACAACAUCGAGGACACCAUCAGAUCCACAGUUCCCUAUAAGAAAACUGUCCAGUACGAUCCCAGGAACAGCGAAACCUACAGAGCCAUUCAAGAAGAGGGCGGCUACAGCAACUAUGGCCAAUCCUCGCCACAGGAAGUGACCAUUCCUGUGCAGACUAAGGUCUAUCAGCCCAAUAGAUUGGUUCCAGGAAAGAAACCAGUAUCAGCGCCAGUAUCCCGGCCGCCGUACAAUGUGGUAAACACCCACGAUGAGAACAUACGCCAGAGCGGCUCCUUCAAUCGUCUCAUGUACAGCGUGAUUGGUGCCACCGAGUACUAGAAAGUGCAGCUGCAACACCAGCGACAGCAGCAACAUCAACAUCAACGCAACAUCGGCAACAUCUGCUGCACUUGUUUUAUCUCCUAACAUAUUUAGCGGAUUUUUAUGAAAUUCUGUUUAACUUACUCAAUAAAUUAUAUGAAGAACGACAAGAAAUUGUGAACCACUAACAAGCUUGAUGAUAUAAUGGAUUGGUAAUCAAUUGGCAUCGAAAUAAAUUUACGAUAUAAACACCACUUAACGCCGCCUCAACCUAAUUACUGUCUGCAUAUGCAAUAGAAAACGUAUAUAAAUUAAUUAAAUAAAAAAAAAAGGAAAGUAAAAUUUGGUUUAUAGUUAUGUUUAUGUUAUGCUGAUUCUAAGUUAACAGCCAGUCAGGCGUGUUAAUACCGAGUGAUUCUAGUCAUGGAAUGUAAUAGGUAUUAAGAAUGUUUUAAUUAAUAAAAGUGACUUUGAUUGG